AUGGGUCGAUCCAUAGUACUAGCUGCCUAGUUCAUGACCGAUCUGUGGAGUGUUAGUUCUAAAAGAAAUGCGUCUACAGUGCGUGCUGUCAUCUUGAAGCGAGCAGAAGGGUCAGAUGAGUGUGCUCCCGGUGUUGUUCCUCUAGGUUUCUCCACGAUCUGUUGUUUUUCAUCUCAUUCUGCUAGCCGGCCACUGUUCACUUUAGAUUUAGCGGAGGAAAGAGACGCUGAAAGCAGGCGGAAAGCCGUCACCGGAAAAACAAAAUGCAGCGAGCAAUUCAAGCUAUCGGAUCACAUGGCAGUGUGCUCAAAUCUGCUGUCCUGCAACACAUCAGUGUUGUGAAGCCUGCUAUGCUGCCCGCUGUGUUCCCACGCUUCAUGUCAGUAUCAUCUGCUCAAAUAGAGGAGAGUGGAUUUGAGAGCAGCACUGUUGCAGACAUUUUGAAGUCUAAAGGGAAGAGUGCCGAUGGAUCAUGGCUCUGGUGCACCACUGAUGAUAGUGUCUAUGAUGCUGUCAAAUCGAUGACACAGCACAAUGUGGGAGCUUUGGUGGUUGUUAAACCUGGGGAAGAUAAAUCAAUUGCGGGCAUCGUCACAGAGAGAGAUUAUCUCCGGAAAAUUAUAGUGCAGGGUCGAUCCUCCAAGUCAACCAAAGUUGGAGAUAUCAUGACCGAAGAGAACAAGCUGAUCACGGUGAAACCUGAAACCAGAGUCCUGAAAGCAAUGCAGCUGAUGACAGAAAAGCGUAUCAGGCACAUCCCGGUGAUCAGCGGCACGGAGAUGAUGGGGAUGGUCUCCAUCGGCGACGUGGUUCGCGCGGUGGUCAGCGAGCACAAGGAGGAGCUGAACCGGCUCAACGCCUACAUCCAGGGUGGGUACUAGGACCCAGCCGUUUUGCAGGGCGUCCCUUUGAGUGAACUCUACAAUAACGACCAGGGUGAUGAUGACGAAAUAGGCCGUGUUUCUUCGCGGACAAUGGCUGUUGAACUUGAAUUUGCGUGUGUGAUGUUUUCCUGCUUAUUUAGUGCAUAUUUCCGUGGCCGCGCGCGCCGCCGCGUGCUUGUUUCUGGAGCGUAUAGACCAUCCAUCUCAGCUGAUGGUGAUAGACGCAGAAUAAAGCUUGGGAGUGUCCCGGAAAGGAUACUUGAGUUUCACCGUGCUAAUGUUUUUUAUCCCUUGUUGUCGACUGUCA